AUGGGAUUAACACAAGGAACAAUUGUCGAACCAAAGCUUUGUUCAUUAUGUCUGAGUAGACAUGGACGAAGGCAACAAUCUGUAUAUACAUGUAAUCAUUGUUCUCAGGCAUUCUGUUUUGAUUGUAUGAAUGAUCACACAAAUGAAUUACCACACAAUGUAGCUCAACUUUCGCAACAAUAUCAUUCAUUGGAACAAUUGUUUCAAACAAAAUAUGACAUGGUUCAACAGGAAGUUUUAAAGUCAACGGAAGAAAUCAAACAAUGUUUUAAAUCUUAUCAAAACGACUUAUUAGCAGCACAUCAGACAAUCAUUUCCGGUAUUGAAAAUGCAAAACAAAACGCUGAAGGAUAUUUAAAUAGGAUCUAUUCCGAAUUGCAAACUAUCAAUGUUGAUAUUGAAUUAACACUCGCUAGAGAAGCUAUCUUUCAGUCAGAACGAAUGGAAUCUAUUUUAAUUUAA